CGCUUGAUUCAUUGGCUAGUUGAAGGGCUGGUUAUUUUUAUAUGACUGGAAAUUUUCACUCCAUGCAGAAUAUUAAGUUGUGAUUGCUUCAUUGGUGACCUUUGAGUAGAUGUCAUUUAUCACACAGCUGGGAUUGCUUCAUCGGUUAUGUUUGAGCAGAUGUCAGUUAUCACAGAACUGCGAUUGCUUCAUCGGUUAUGUUUGAGCAGAUGUCAGUUAUCACACUGCUGGGAUUGUUUCAUCGGUUACGUUUGAGCAGAUGUCAGUUAUCACACUGCUGGGAUUGUUUCAUCGGUUACGUUUGAGCAGAUGUCAGUUAUCACACAGCUGGGAUUUUUCCAUCAGUUACGUUUGAGCAAAUGUCAGUUAUCACACAGCUGGGAUUGUUCCAUCGGCUACGUUUGAGUAGAUGUCAUUUAUCACACAGCUGGGAUUGCUUCACCGGUUACGUUUGAGCACAUUUCUUUAUCACACUGCUGGGAUUGCUUCAUCGGUUAUGUUUGAGCAGAUGUCAGUUAUCACACAGCUGCGAUUGCUUCAUCGGUUACGUUUGAGCAGAUGUCAGUUAUCAUACAGCUGGGAUUGUUUCAUCGGUUACGUUUGAGCAGAUGUCAGUUAUCAUACAGCUGGGAUUGUUUCAUCGUUUACGUUUGAGCAGAUGUCAGUUAUCAUACAGCUGGGAUUGCUUCAUCGGUUAUGUUUGAGCAGAUGUCAGUUAUCACACAGCUGGGAUUUUUCCAUCAGUUACGUUUGAGCAGAUGUCAUUUAUCAUACAGCUGGAUUGCUUCAUCGGUUACGUUUGAGCAGAUGUCACUUAUCAUACAGCUGGGAUUGCUUCAUCGGUUAUGUUUGAGCAAAUGUCAGUUAUCACACAGCUGCGAUUGCUUUAUCGGUUACGUUUGAGCAGAUGUCAUUUAUCACACUGCUGGGAUUUCUUCAUCGGUUACGUUUGAACAGAUGUCAGUUAUCACACACCUGGGAUUUUUCCAUCAGUUACGUUUGAGCAGAUGUCAGUUAUCACACAGCUGGGAUUGCUUCAUCGGUUACGUUUGAGCAGAUGUCAUUUAUCAUACAGCUGGGAUUGCUUCAUCGGUUAUGUUUGAGCAGAUGUCAGUUAUCACACAGCUGCGAUUGCUUCAUCGGUUACGUUUGAACAGAUGUCAGUUAUCUCACACCUGGGAUUUUUUCAUCGGUUACGUUUGAGCAGAUGUCAGUUAUCAUACAGCUGGAAUUGUUUCAUCAGUUACGUUUGAGCAGAUGUCAGUUAUCACACUGCUGGGAUUGCUUCAUUGGUUACGUUUGAGCAGAUGUCAGUUAUCACACAGCUGGGAUUGCUUCAUCGGUUACGUUUGAGCAGAUGUCAGUUAUCACACAGCUGGGAUUUUUUCAUCGGUUACGUUUGAGCAGAUAUUUACCACACAGUCGUGAUUGCUUCAUUGCUUUUUAAGAACAGAUUCCAGUUUUCACACAUUUGAAAUUGCUUCAUCAGCUAUGUUUGACCAGGUACCAGUUAUCACGUAGUUGUGAUCAUUUCAUCAGUUAUCUUUGAACAGACACCAGCUAUCACAGAACUGUGAUUGCUUCCUUAGUUAUGCCAUAUGCAUUGUAUUUAUUGCCAUGCAUAUGCAAAGACUGCAUAUCCAAACAAACAAAUGCAUAGAUUUGCAUAUAUAGGUAUACAAGUAGAGUGUUAACUUGUAUAAAGAAAAAUAAAAAUAAUAGUAAUUAUAUUAUAUAUUAUUUUACUGAUUAUAUAUAUGCUUCAUCGGUUUUGUUUGAGCAGGUAAUAAUUGCCGCUGUUUUAUUUGAUUGCUAUUUUACGCCGCACUCAAGAAUAUUGCACGUGUACGACGGAGGCGACCGUCAGUGCUACUGUUUCAUUUUACUAUCUUACGAGGCCAAUAUUCAUCCAAGGUCAAAAGUCUCACAAGGCCGAAAAUUUGAACAGCCCAAAUGUUUUACUAGGCCGAAAGACUCUCUAGGUUGAAAGUAGGCCGAAAAUUUUACUCUUUCAAAAUUCUUACUAGGUCGAAAGUUAUGCUGAACGGAAUCUCAUAAUUAUAUGCUCAGGAAAAAAUCAAUGUUAAUUUUGCCCUUUACUGUUUUAAACUAUGUAAUUUUUAUGCAAAAAAGAAAAUAUGUUGUAUAUCAGCCACGACGAGAUAUCCGACACCAGUUGGACACAUUAUGCUAUGUAGCCUAUUCACCUUUAGGUUUAUAAACCACCUCAGAAUUGUCCUACAUUUACUUCGAUAUCUGGCACAGACAUCUCGAUAACAUUAUAAAAAAGAAACUUAACAAAGGCACCAAUGGGAACUUAUGUCUGUGAAGUUACCCAUUAGACCAAAAGUGGUUUGUUUCGAACUCACCGAUGGGUUAAUAUCCAGGUGAUACAACAAUAUGUAUGUGUGAGCUACCUUUUACAUUUCACUACGUGGUUUUGAAACUAAAGGAAUUGCUAUAUUUUUCUUGAAGGGUUUAUCAUUAUGUGCUUUCACGAGGACGCUUUAUUGCAGUGUUUUACUGUUGCUAACUAUACUUCCCAUGCCAGUGGUCAUAAAAAUCGAUGAUUUAAAAAAAUUGACUUUUUACAACAGAUAAUCGCUGCAAGGUCUGUUUUGGACACAAUCUUUAGAAAAAAAGGGUAGCCAUAUACAUAUUGUAUAUCAUCAGAAAUAUAUAGCGUUACUCUUUCCGAAUAGGUCUGUCUACAAACAUUUUCUUAGGAUCUUUAAUCAGAUCAUGAACAUAUUUUAAUUCAUAUUAACAGACAGUUUGAAAUGGGCUCUAGCAAGUGUAGCCAUGUUUACAUCCAAAUAAUGCAAAAGGCUAACCAGUAGACAAAAGUAACUACAGAAAUCACCUUCUGUGAUGUAAAAUCAGCUCGACAUCAAUGCGCUGUUUUCGAAUUACAUCAUCACGACAGCACAAUGGCGUCACAGCACAAAAUGACGUCGUCACUAUUCGAAAGAGCACGGCUAUUUGCCUAUGUUUUAACAUGGCAGUGAUCGUGUUUAGAUCAAAGUACCGGCAAAACAUCACUAUUUUUAUUAUCAUUAUUAGGAGCCCAAACCCAGCCCAGAGCAUAAUUCCGAGGAUCAAUCAAAUCCUUUUUAAUUAGUUUUCUUUAUUCUAUGUACCACCCCAUGUUAAAAUUGGCAGAUUGGCCCUACCGGCGCGGUAGACGUAAAGUAACAAUGUCAUGUCACAAAUGGACGUCACUGUGUUGUAACGUCGUAUCUGGAAACCUACGUAUUACUCGAGUGCUCGAAUCAUUACAUUUCUCACUGAGGAACAUAUCCCGUCUAAAAGUAGAUGUGCAGGUUAUUGUUUAUUCCUGGAUUUGUGAUGACGGUUAGGGGGCAAACAUGCAUCUAUGCAUCUUAUCCAUUGCAAAAGAGCAAUCGUCAAGUCUGAGUGGAAACGAGUUGCAUAUUGUGCAAGAAAAGACACCCCAUUGACUGACUGUUUACCAGCUCGAAACCUGAAAGUGAGUUAUUUCCAUGGCGCUACCUCUCAGCCGUUAUGUGGCCUCACCAUUGGUCAAAUGCUCGAACAAGCCGCACGUGAAAAGCCUGACCACGUGGUCUUUUCUCUUCCGGAGUUUAACCAAUCGCUGACCUUUUCAGAAUUAUUGAAGAAGGCAAAUGAGCUGGCCAAAGGAUUCCUGGCGCUUGGUAUGAGGAGAGGGGAUCUUAUAUUCUGUUACCGCCUUUGUGACCAGCAUUUCUUCAUCGUCUACAUCGCAUGUGCACUUCUUGGUCUGAUGUUUACCAACCCGUUCAUUUUCACGCCGAACGAUGUCUUUUUGAAACGGUUAUUAGCAAAGGCACAGCCUGCCAUGUUGAUAGCUGACGUUGGGCGAGAUAGCAACGUAAGGAGUCUACUGGAACAGCUCCAGGAAAACAAUUAUACUACAGACACGAACAACUUCACUGGAUUUAACACUUUGAAGUCAGUUGUUACCGUGAGAUCGUUGAAACUUCAAGGGAUUCCCACAAUAGAUGACGUCAUCAAAAAGGGUCAGUCGAUACAGGAUAACACACUGAUGGCCGCCAAGCAGAGGGUGUCUCCAGAUGACUGCGUCAACAUCCUGGCCACGUCAGGUUCCACAGGUGACACAAAGAUGGUGUGCCUGAGUCAGUACGCUGUUGUCAACUUCUCCAUUAUUUGUGUGGCCCGCCGGGCACAGGGAAAGCAAGAAGUCAUGGGUUACAUAAAUCCCGUAAAUGAUGACGUCAUGGCCUCGCUUGGAACGAUAGAAAUGAUUAGUCAGUGGAGAGUGGGAAGUGUUGGGAUUGUUUUUCCACAAUGCGUGAAUUUCUCGAACAGUUGCAUGGUGCCGCUAUUACAAAGCAUUCAGGAUUACAGGAUUACCAGACCCGGGGCUUACCCUUUCCAGAUAUUAAACAUGGUAAAUUCUCCCGAAUUCGAGGAAUACGACACAUCCAGCUUGAGAGGAGUAACAUUGGUUGCCCAGGCCAUUUCCCCAGAGACCCGGCUCAAACUGCUAGAGCUAUUUCCAGAAACAGUUGUGGCCUUCGGACAAAGUGAGUGCCUGUCCAUAGCCUGCACUUCUCCGGGCAACAUGGGAAAGGACAUGCGCACUGUGGGUUACCCGUUGGCACAUCACGAAGUAAAGGUCGUGGGUGAGAGUGGGCAAACACUUCCGGUGGAGGAAAUGGGAGAGAUCUGGGUGCGCGGACCGUGCCAAUUUCUCCGCUAUCUGAACGACGAUGAGAGAACACGGGAAGUGCUUGACAGCAAUGGCUGGGUGCAUUCAGGUGAUGUCGGCAAGAUGAAUUCGCAAGGGUACAUAACUCUGAUUGGAAGAAAGGCCGAUUGUAUUCGGUAUAAAUACCAAGGAGAUGUGAUUUAUCCAGGACAUAUUGAGAAACUCUUCAUGGAAUUUGAGAAAGUCAAGGAGGCAAAGGUUGUUGGAGUCCAGUAUGGUGAUGAGGAUGGGGAAUCGAUAUGCCUGUGUGUCGUCCCAAAACCUGGAAUUUCUCUAGAAGAGACAGAAUUAAAGACAUACUGCGUAGAUAAGUUAAUUUCACGUGACCGUCCAAGGUACUACUUCAUCAUGGAUUCGUUCCCAUUGACUGGAGCUAGACAGAAGGUCGCAACGGAAAAGUUGAAAGAGACAAUCAAGGCGAAGUUUGCGGAUUCUACUUCAGACAUAUCAUAGACUGGACGUUAGAUCUGACGGAUUUGUUAGUCAGACUCAGUAUUGGGUGAUACUAGUAUUUGUGGUAUAGUGGAUACGUAUAUACUUAUACGUAAAAAAAUACUUUCGUUUCUACGAAAAAAAAGUGACCAGAAAUAUGAUUUACGAAGUUUUGUGGAAGUGGCCCAGGACGUCUUUUUUGGAGGACAUACAGUGGAAAUCAGUCGUGUCGUCCAGUGGAGGUCAGAAAUAUCAGUGUAAGUCAGAAAUGUCAUACUGGCGCUUAGAAAUGGCAGUGCAGGUCAGAAAUGUCAGUGAAAGUUAAAAUGUCAGAAU